AUGGAGUCUGAUAACUCAAAUGAACACAAACGAGGCUCACUGCACCAAGCCUUUCACAGUCGCCCAGUGGAACGCCGACCUAGCAAGAAAUCUUCGUCAAGGGACCGACAUGGCAUGAUUUACCCUGACAAUUUUCAUGAAACAAGUAUACGCACCGUAACUCCAGAGUCACAUUCCACUUCAUCCGAUACGGAACCCCCUACCGCGAAUAGCACGAGCGCUUCAUCUCCACGGACCGCCAUGCGGUCGCAACCGACUGAGCGAAGCGAAGAAGAGGCACUUCCAGAGGUGAGAACCCAGCGCACGCGAUCACGAACGACGACUCUCGAGGAACCCAGGGGGGAUAUGGCGUCCAACAAUUUCAAAACUCGGGCGAGAAUUGGAUCGGUCAAUGCGACGAGUUCAUCACAAGCAAGAAAGGUGGAUACUAAGACUGCCGAGGACACCGCAAGUUCAAUCGGAUUCCCUUCAAUACAUUCGCCUAACUAUCUUGGUCAGGCCGUUACCCGUCAACGAUUUAGUCGAUCUCAAUCCUCAGGGGUGACAAGUACUAUCGCCCAUAACCAAGCUGCCUUCGCAUCGCCAUUAUCGAAAACAGAUGCCUCCAAAAUUCUGCAACUAAUGAAGACCACUUGUGGUCGCAUGCAUGGAAUCUUGUCUUUCCGAACAGCGGCGAGUGGGCCAUCGUCCUCCAAUUCUUGGACCUCGGGCUAUUGCGCUAUCAACGUCGCCACGGGAAGCUUGAUAUAUCAAGCAAAGGGCGAACCCGCAUUAGCAAAGACGCUCAUUCCUGAUCUUCGUGGUUGUCGCGUCCGCACGCUGUUUGAUGCAGAACUGCAGACGACAUAUUUGAGUGUGCAUACUUUUACGUCAGGACUCGGCAUCCAACUUCGACCUCAUGUUAAUGAGACCUUUGAUUCCUGGCUGGCAGCUUUGCUUUGUUGGCAGCCUAUUCGUCCCAAAGGCGUUCAAAACAAGAUGACCAAACCUCAAGCCGUUGUCAUUGGUGAUCGUCGUUUCACAGAGCGUCGUCGAAACUCAGAAAAUGUGUCCCAAAAGGAUGCAGCUAUCAUCAAGGUUGGAAAGAUGCUCUUGUGGGACAAGCCCUCGGCUUCUGGGGCUCGUCCUGCCUCGGUGCGUCGCGUCUCAACAUACCGGCAAUCCAGAGCUCUGAAUUCAUCCUGGCAGCGGGUGAGCUGCACGUUGCAGGAGAACGGCUUUUUCAAGCUGUAUACGGAGGCCGACGUAACCCUUGUUGCCACAGUCCAGCUCUCGCAGCUCUCGCGCUGUGCAAUUCAGCAGCUCGACUCUUCUGUACUCGAUGAUGAGUUUUGUAUCGCCAUUUAUCCACAAUACACUGCGCACCCUGUUGCCGAUCCUAGAAUGCGUCCUAUCUACCUUGCCUUGGAAAGCCGGGUGCUUUUCGAAGUUUGGUUCGUUCUGUUGCGCGCAUUUACAAUUCCAGAGCUCUAUGGCCCCGAAAGCUCUGACCGAGACCGGGAUCCUCAGACGCCUGAAGCAAAGACUCCCACUAAUGACAUGUUUCGAAUCGAACGCAUCCUCAAUCUUAGAAUCACUGAAGCGAAACUUUAUCGACCUCAGGAAGAGGAAACUCCCCGCAGCCGAAAAAUGUCAAGAUCACACAACCACUCUGCUCCGCCGUCACCAAAAGUUAGCGAUUACUACACCGAGGUGCUCCUCGAUGGUGAAAUCCGCGCGAAAACGGCAGUCAAACACCGUACCACGAAUCCAUUUUGGCGCGAAGACUUCACAUUCAGCGAUGUUCCACCCGUUCUCUCACAGGCCUCAAUUCUGGUCAAAACACUCAAUCCUACGCAAAGAGACUGGACGCUGAUCGCGCACGGUACAUACUCCGGCCAAGAUGUAAACGCAGCAAACAUGUUAGAUGAGAUUGAAAUUUCGACUAACGACGCUAUCUUUGGCCGAGUCGAUUUGCGCCUUGAGGAAUUAGAUCCCGGAGUCGAAACAGAGAAAUGGUGGCCCAUUCUCGACGAUCAAGAUCAGGCUGUUGGCGAGAUGUUCAUGAAAGUCUGCAUGGAGGAGACGGUCAUCCUGAUGUCGGAUGAGUACAAACCGAUGCAUGAGCUACUUCAUGCUUUCACCAAUGGGCUGACAAUUAACAUGGCGCAAGUGAUGUCCUCUGAGUUGACUCAGCUGUCUGAGAUGCUCUUGAAUAUUUACCAGGUCUCUGGCACGACGGUCGACUGGAUCUCCGCGCUCAUUGAGGAUGAGAUCGACGGCGUACACAAGGAAUCAACUGCAAAUCGCCUGCGCUACACGACAAGGAUUCAGUCGAAUGAUUCUCGCGAGUCUGCUCAAGAUCGGGAACUCCUUGUGAGGGAUAUGGGUCGAACUGCUACAGUUGAGGCCAACCUCUUGUUCCGAGGAAAUUCCCUGCUCACGAAAGCGCUUGAUCAGCAUAUGCGUCGGCUUGGCAAAGAGUACCUCGAAGAGACUAUUGGGGAGCGCAUUCGAGAAAUCGACGAAAGUGAUCCGGAGUGCGAGGUUGAUCCUGCCCGAGUGCCACGCUCGGAAGAUCUUGAUCGUAAUUGGCGAAAUCUCAUCGCUCUCACGACAGGUGUCUGGAAGUCAAUCGCAAUGUCUGUUCCUCGUUGCCCGGCUGAACUACGACGCAUCUUUCGGCACGUGCGAGCUUGCGCAGAAGACCGAUAUGGUGACUUCCUUCGCUCCGUAACUUACAGCAGUGUCUCUGGUUUCUUGUUCUUGCGCUUCUUCUGCCCGGCGAUUCUAAACCCCAAAUUGUUUGGGCUAUUGAAAGACCACCCUCGACCUCGCGCCCAGCGUACCCUGACACUCAUCGCCAAGGCGUUGCAGGGUCUUGCCAAUAUGACCACAUUCGGUAACAAGGAACCUUGGAUGGAACCAAUGAACAAGUUUUUGGUUGGCAAUCGCGCCGAUUUCAAGACCUUUGUGGAUCAAAUCUGCAACAUUUCCGCCGAGCGACCAGCUGCAUUGAUCACACCGUCUUACACCACUCCAUUGCAAAUUCUGGGUCGUUUGCCAGCAACUUCCCGAGAAGGAUUUCCCAGUCUACCAUUCCUGAUCGACAUCUCCCGGUGCUUCGCAAACCUAAUCAGGAUCUGGCUCGAAGUCGUUCCAGAGCGCCUUUCAGAACUGGAGGAAUUGGACCCCUUUCUUGCAAAGUUCCAUCAGCUCGCAGUGGGACUUCAUGAACGCACCGAGGAGUGUCUUCAUGAAGCUGAGCAAGCGGAACGACCCAGUGUGAAUCUUGAGGUCAAAUGGGAGGAAUUGGUUGAUUCCAUGGAGCGAGCAGUCACCUUCUAUGAUGAGACGUCCAGUCAGACUACUGUUACCUCAGAAACGCCCCCGGCCAACAGCAUCGUCACUACCUCCGUGUCCACGGCAUUGAGCACCCCUGGCCACCGCGGCUCCAUUGGUUUCUUCAGCCCGCGACCGUCGAUGCCGCGUCGUUCGACUGACAAUGUGACUGACCAAGAUGACACGCCUCCAAGCUCAUCGUCGGCAAAUUGGGAUCAAUCACGCGUUCCGUUCAGCAUUCCUCGAUGGUCCGAUCCUCGGGAUAGCACUGGGAGCUCCAAAAACUCAUCGACUUAUUCUCUUGAGUUCUCCGAGAAUUCGAAAGGCCGCCGAUCUAGCGUCACGAAAGAAUCUUCCAGUAAAUACCGGUUCUUUGACUUUGUGCCUGCUCCUUCGCGCCGCAAGAAAGAACGGGAGCAGACCCAGCAUCACUCACACGAGGAUCUUCGAAAUGAGAUUUGA